CUCCCAAAAACCCCAAACGCUCUCUUCUCGCCUCUCUACUCUUUUCUUCUUCCGUCGUUCGUUGCUCCGCCCUCCGCCGCGCCGCUCUCGGUGCCUCUGCCUGCGUUUCCCUUGCGAAUUGUAAUCCGAGCUAGCAGUAGCAAUGGCGGGCUUUCCACCUCCGGGCGCCACAAUCCUCGGAGAUGAUGCCGCAGAGAAGAAGAUCGAUGAAGUCGGGAAGAAGAAAGUCGAUUACUUUAACCUCCCUUGCCCCAUUCCCUUCGAAGAACUUCAACGCGAAGCUAUCAUGUCUUUAAAGCCUGAGCUUUUUGAGGGGAUGCGUUUUGAUUUCACCAAAGGGCUUAACCCCAAAUUUUCGCUGAGUCACAGCGUUUUCAUGGGUCCCAUGGAACUUCCUUCUCAAGGUGCUGAAACCCUUAAGAUUCCCACUGCUCAUUAUGAAUUUGGUGCUAAUUUCAUCGACCCAAAGUUGAUGCUCAUUGGAAGGGUCUUGACCGAUGGGAGACUAACAGCAAGAGUGAAGUGCGACUUAACUGAUGAUCUUAGUUUAAAAGCUAAUGCUCAGCUGUCAAAUGAGCCAAAUAUGUCUCAUGGCAUGAUCAACUUUGAUUACAAGGGCAAAGAUUACAGGACUCAACUUCAAUUAGGAGAUGGUUCUUUGUUUGGAGCUAGUUACAUUCAGAGUAUUACUCCACAUUUAUCCCUGGGUGGUGAAGUAUUUUGGGCUGGUCAGCAUCUAAAGUCUGGUGUCGGGUAUGCUGCUCGGUAUGAGAACGAUAAAAUGGUAAAAUUGGCAUGUGCCAUGCAUGUUCCUUUUGCUUCUUUGCUGUGGGUUGCGACAGGCCAAGUUGCUAGCACUGGGAUGAUUGCCAUGAGCUAUGUCCAGAAGGUCUCAGAGAAGGUCUCACUGGCAACAGAUUUCAUGUACAACUACCUUUCGCGAGAUGUGACUGCCAGUGUUGGGUAUGAUUACAUCCUCAGACAAGCUCGUCUGAGAGGGAAAUUAGACUCCAAUGGGUGUGCUUCUGCAUUCUUGGAGGAGCGGUUGAAUAUGGGUCUCAACUUUGUCCUGUCGGCCGAGAUUGAUCAUAAGAAGAGUGACUACAAAUUUGGAUUCGGACUGACAGUAGGUUAAGUGAGCCCCGUUCCAUUGUAUAAUUUGAGUGGAAGGACGAGUUCAAGGAGGGAGUCACCGGCGGCCACCGGGCUUGUGUUUUGUUUCCCUCGGCCUUUCUACGGUAACGAAAUGGAGAGGGUACUCGGAUGUUAAACACUGUUCCUGUACUGUUUUUCUUUAUUGGAAAAAACGGAGAGAUUAGGCCGAGUGGUCAUUAAGAGUAGGAUUUGCUUGAGUUAAAUAUUUAUUCCAUCCGGCCCCACUCUUCUUUUUAGCAAUAAUUGGGUAGUUCAUUAUCAUUAUUACUAAUAUAAUUUGUUUUAUCCACUUAGGGAUGUUAAGAGCUGUAAUUUUUUUUAUUAUGUCCAAAUUGUUAUUGAUUUGGGUUAUUGUUCUUCAUUCGAAGAUUGAGGUUUUGCCCAACCUUGACCGUCAAGUUAUCCAUUUUGGAAGUUUUGUAUAACUUGAAUCGGUAUACUGGCAGCAAUCCUCUGCAA